GAUCUAUGACAAAAGCGGUCCGUGAGGUUGAGGUCCCCGCGACAUGUCUAUUCUCCCUUGGGUUGACUUGCCGAACAUGACCGGGGAUGGGAAUCUCCCUGCCGCUUAAAUCAGUGUUUUCCUGUAUUGCAGCGACUCAACUGGAGAGUUAAAACAAACAGAGGCAAUCGGGCUCUUUAUUUAUUCAAGAGAAGAUGGCGGAGUUCUCGCCUGUCCUGCCGAUGCGGGAUGGAGGAGGACGAUUUGGUCAGCCCAUCUUCCCUCGGUCCAGGUCCGGUUCCGAGUCAGAAAGCGAACUGUCCCAGAGCCUGGCCCGGACCAAGAUCCGGUCGUACGGAAGCACAGCCAGCGUCACGGCCUCUCUGGGCGAGAAAUACAUAGAGCAUCGUGUUACAGACAGUGAUACCCUGCAAGGGAUUGCUCUCAAAUACGGUGUUACGAUGGAGCAAAUCAAGAGAGCAAACAAGCUGUUCAGCAAUGACUGCAUCUUCUUGAGGCACAGCCUCAACAUCCCUGUGGUGUUGGAGAAGCGCUCCAUAUUUAACGGACUGUCUCUGGAGUCUCCCGAUGGGGACGGUGAAGCAGCAUGCCAGGAGGCAGAUACACCCUGCAUUAUGACGCAGGAUAUUGAGGGACCCUCGCCACCCCCUUCCCCGCCCCCUGAGGACUCCAAAGCCCCCCAGCCCCAGCCAGAGGAGCUGUCAGCCAAAGACUUCUUACACAGACUGGACUUGCAAAUUAAACAGUCAAAGCAGGCUGCACGCAGGCUGAAAGAAGAGGAACUAAGGAGCAAUGAAGAGAACUACACGGCCCCCACAUCGUCAUACCAGGAGAUAUGAAAGACCCAUCUGUUUACCUGAAGCCCUGUCUCAGACACACACACACACACACACACACUACCACAACCUCAUUGCUUUGUUUAUCUUUUUGCUUUUACCAAACCACGUUGAACAAAAGUGUCAUGUUUGCCUUUUAUUUAUUGAUAUGCAAUUAUUAUGAUGUAUAAGAUUGUCAUUGUUUUGUACAGUUUUACUGGGAGACUGAACAGCACAGAGGAGCGUCUGAUAUUAAUAGCAUCAGAUGACAUGUGCCCAUCCACUCAUCUCAUGCUUCUGAAGCUGCUGUAUAGAACCCACCUGCUGCAUAUGUUCACAGACACACACACACACACAUGCACACAGAGCGCUAAGCGAUUCCACAAGGAUUAGCUUGUUAGACUUGCUAACCGCUUCUGAUGUUCUCAAUCCCCUCCUAGAAUAGUAUCACUGGAAAGCAUAUUCAGGCCUUCCACAUCAGUGUUUACCCUGUAUGAGCACACCCCAAACAGAGGCGGUGGAUGGACUCAAGCCUUUGCUCCGUCUGCCUCAUAGAAGCUUUUUUUUUUUCUUUGGGAAAGAAAAGGGACUUCUCUAUUUUUGAAGUGUGAAUGCAUUAUUUAUGUGUGUGGAGAACUGUCUGUAACUGCUGUUUUAUUGUGCUUUGAAAUUCUAUUUGGUUUUAUUUGGGGAGAAUAAAUAUGUAUUUAAACCAGA